CGUUUUGCGGCAUCAUAAUAUACAGGCGCCAUUUUGUGAACAAGGAAAGUUGCAAAUCAUCGGGAGAAGGGGAUACCUUUACCAUCCGAAGCAUCUAGAGAAAUUUUGGCUAUCUCGGUAGCCAGAAUUUAUUUCAUACUGGUCUACAACUUCUGAAGCAGGGGGUGAUCUCAUUCUUUUUCUUCAAAAUGUCUAUUAUGUCCUACAAUGGAGCCGCCAUCAUUGCGAUGGUCGGCAAGGACUGUGUUGCCAUAGCGGCAGACCGUAGAUUCGGCGUCCAGGCCCAGACUGUGUCCAUGGAUUUCCAGAAGAUCUUCCAGAUGGGUGAUCGCCUGUUCCUGGGUCUCCCUGGACUGGCCACAGAUGUACAGACUGUUUCCAACCGUAUGAAGUUCCGCCUGAACCUGUACGAGUUACGGGAGGCGCGCCAGGUCAAACCCAAGACUUUCCUGUCCAUGGUGUCCAACCUGCUGUAUGAGAGAAGGUUCGGACCAUACUUUGUAGAACCGGUUGUAGCCGGUCUGGACCCCAAGACCUUUGAACCCUUCAUUGCAUCGUGCGACCUGAUUGGCUGCCCCAUGAUCCCGGAGGAUUUCGUGGUGAGCGGGACGUGCUCGGAACAGAUGUACGGGAUGUGCGAGUCACUCUGGGAACCAAACCUGGAACCAGACGACUUGUUUGAGACGAUCUCCCAGGCCUUACUGAAUGCUGCAGACAGAGAUGCUGUUUCAGGAUGGGGGGCAGUGGUACAUGUCAUAGAAAAAGACAAGGUGACAACAAGAACACUGAAAGGAAGGAUGGACUAGACAAUUAAGAUAGACUUUCUCUUUCUCAUGUAUACUGUUCUCUAACUUAGUGGCACUGUAGUAGAAGAACUUGCAGAAAUUGAUAAAACUGUUACCCACUUCAUUGACAUUUGAUGUCUUCACAAGUUCACACUGUAUUGAUACAUACUGAUGUAAUGGAAUAAAUGCUAGACAUUGA